CGUGUCUCUGCUGGUCUGAGUCUGCCUGUGGCAUGGACCUGUGUCUUCCCUGAAGCAUCUCCAGGGCUGGAGAGAUAACUGCCAUGCACCGAGGGCUCCUCCAUCCGCACAGCAGGGCGUUGGGAGGAGACGCCAUGACCCCCAUCCUCACGCUCCUGAUCUGUCUCGGGCUGAGUCUGGGCCCCAGGACCCACGUGCAGGCAGGAACCCUCCCCAAGCCCAUGCUCUGGGCUGAGCCAGACCGUGUGAUCACCCAGGGGAGUCCCGUGACCCUCAGGUGUCAGGGAAACCUUGAAGCCCUGGGGUACCAUCUAUAUAGGGAGAGAAAAUCAGCAUCCUGGAUUACAUUGAUACGACCAGAGCUUGUGAAGAAGGGCCAGUUCCCCAUCCCAUCCAUCACCUGGGAACACGCAGGGCGGUAUCGCUGUCAGUAUUCCAGCCGCAAUUCGUGGUCAGAGCCCAGCGACCCCCUGGAGCUGGUGGUGACAGGAGCCUACAGCAAACCCACCCUCUCAGCCCUGCCCAGCCCUGUGGUGGCCUCAGGAGGAAGCGUGACCCUCCAGUGUGUCUCACAGGUGGCAUUUGAUGGCUUCACUCUGUGUAAGGAAGGAGAAGAUGAACACCCACAACGCCUCAACUGCCAGUCCCACGCCCGUGGCUGGUCCUGGGCCGUCUUCUCCGUGGGCCCCGUGAGCCCGAGUCGCAGGUGGUCCUACCGGUGCUAUAGUUAUGACUCACGCUCUCCCUAUGUGUGGUCUUUACCCAGUGAUCUCCUGGAGCUCCUGGUCCCAGGUGUUUCUAAGAAGCCGUCACUCUCAGUGCAGCCAGGUCCUGUCGUGGCCCCUGGGGAGAAGCUGACCCUCCAGUGUGGCUCUGAUGCCGGCUAUGACAGAUUCGUUCUAUACAAGGAGGGAGAAGGUGAAUUCCUCCAGCGCCCUGGUCGGCAGCCCCAGGCUGGGCUCUCCCAGGCCAACUUCACCCUGAGCCCUGUGAGGGGCUCCCACGGGGGCCAGUACAGAUGCUCCGGUGCACACAACCUCUCCUCCGAGUGGUCGGCCCCCAGUGACCCCCUGGACAUCCUGAUCUCAGGACAGUUCUAUGAUGUGGUCUCCCUCUCGGUGCAGCCGGGCCCCACGGUGGCCUCAGGAGAGAACGUGACCCUGCUGUGUCAGUCACGGGCGCAGUUCCACACUUUCCUUCUGACCAAGGAGGCAGCCCAUCCCCCGCUGCGUCUGAGAUCAAGCACCAGCUCACAGCACCAGGCUGAAUUCCCCAUGGGUCCUGUGACCUCAGCCCACGCGGGGACCUACAGGUGCUACGGCUCACUCAGCUUCAACCCCUACCUGCUGUCUCACCCCAGUGACCCCCUGGAGCUCGUGGUCUCAGGACCCUCCGGGAGUCCCAGCCCCCCACCCACCGGUCCCACCCCCACACCUGGUGAGUCCCUCAGGCCUCUGGGCUCGGAGGGAGCACGGCCUCCCCCACAUUUCCCAGAGUCCCAGAGUCCCCUCAGGGACUCAAGCUCGGCCUUCCAUCUUGGGAGCUGGGCAGAGCCAGAGGAGGGGCCACAGGCUCCCAGGGGCUCUGAGGCUGGGCCGGUGAAGGGUGGGGUCGAGGCAGAGGGAGGUGUUGGGGCCCAGCCUGGGGGAGGAGCAGCCGGGCUGACGUGGGGAGCAGGGCAGCCCCAGCCCUCACCUUCCCAUCCUGACCCA